AAUAUGCUACUUCCCUUAGUGGAGAGGCUGACAUCGAAAUGGGUCAAUUAGGACUUGGAAGCGUUUCCGUUUCGCCGAGAGCUAGUGGAGGAGCUGGAGACAGACCGAAGUCUAGAAGUAGAACAAGUACACCACUCGUCGAGGAGGACCCGAAUAGCUGCGGUGCAGAUGAUCAUUUCUACAAGCCUGUCUACUACACAUCAUGCAUGCGGGAUGAACAAGAACAGGGCGACUCCGAAGCAGAUCAUGCGCAUCCAGCGACAAUUCAUCAGGACCAGCAUUUUGAAAUCGCUUUAAGUUGGGACCACGAGCAAAAUCCUGCUAACAACUGUACAACCAAUCGAGUGGUGAGACGCGCUGACGAGGCAUUCUUUCGGAGUUCUGGACUACAGGGCCGUCGAAGCGGCAGAAAAUCAGUCGGGCCAGUACUGGAUUUUGAAGACAGCACGAAUUACCUGUAUCGAUUAGGGCUCGUCCUAGCGGGAUCUGCGUCGAAAGAUUUGGCGAUAUCAGCGAGAAGUCGCUUUUCAUUGUUCCGGUCGUUAGUAUGGCUGCCACUCUCUGCUAUUGGCUGGAUAAAGGCUAGGUCACGCAAAGUAAAGGUGGAGAAAAUUUGGAUUCGAGGCCCAGAAAAGACUUCUAGGAGUACAACACCUGAUGAUCAUCCACCUAGUUCUGGUCGCCCAGAAAAAACUCCUAGGAGUACAACACCUGAUGAUGAUCCACCUGGUCGAAGUGUAGUUUUAUCUAGUGGCCACAUGAUCACUCCAAGGACAACAGGCGACCAGCACAUGAUCAGAUGUGAGUGGAUCAGACCCAGGACGCCACGAGGACGAGGAAAGACGCACGUCAUCUUCUACAUUCACGGUGGAGCGUUUGUCCUCUGUGAUACGAACACUCACCGCUAUGGUAUGCUGGAAGGAUUUUUUCCGGUGGGUUUCUCCUGCUUGGUGUUUUUGAUAUUGUUGAAAUCAGAAUUUUUGACAUAGAUUAUUCGUCGUGACUCAUCUCCCCGGGUGCAGCCCACUUUCUUUCAACAUCACAUGCUUACUAAUAAUACCGCUGUAUCAACACAUGUUGCGCACUUUCAUUCCCUCCACGAUUACGCUAGUCCAGUUAAGUGAGUGUGUCUUGUUUUCGCCCAAUUAUCGGCGUCCUCCGGAUGUUUCGCUUGAAACGAGCAUUGCCGACUGCCUUGAGGCCUAUUUGUGGCUCUUAGAGGACUCAGGCCAGGAUAUUCGAGCAGAAGACGUAGCUUUUGUUGGCGAUAGUGCGGGUGGCGCGCUGUGCAUUCAAGUCAUGCUGCAGAUACGCGAUCGCGGGAAGAUUUGGGAAGAUGCUGUGGUCAGACGACGUGGUUCGUUGAUAUUAUGGCUUCCCCUAAUCCAUCUUCGGAAGCAUCGUAGAGACGUUUUCAGAGGGAAAACAGUCUCAGGAUAGACUUGAAGAUGGAUUAGGGUGAGGGCUAAUGAUAGAGCAGAAAAAUACGGACGACACAUCAAUACCAGUAGCCGACGAGAACUACACGAAACGCAAGUCUCAUCCUCCUGCACCUGACGAAGACGCACUUGGAUCCUCUUGUUCGCUUUCAACGACAUCAACGACACCACCAAGGCAAGGAGAGACGUCAACAACGCCAGAGGAUAUUGAAGAUGACUCGAGUACUCGAGAGGAACAUCGUCAUCAACAACAACAUUUUGAUGUUGGAGAGGAUCUUACAAAAACCAGGCCUCUAACGACAUCCUCUUCUCAGACUGAACAACAGCACAUCUUCAAUAAACGAACAAAUAACACCUCCUCCUUUCAGAAUAGUAUCAUGCCAGGUCGUUGUGUUUUAGUCUCUCCUUGGGUAGAACCGAGCGCUAAAGCAGACUCGAGCUUCAUCGCAAACGCGGAGACUGAUCUCUUUAGAUUCGAAACCGUAAAAAGGUUUGCGAAUACUGUCCUUCGAUCAUGUUCGAACACUAGUAGUAGUACCCUUUCUUCGGGUUGUUCGGCGUCGACGACCGAUACCGAAAGUCCUCCAGCACCUGCUCGCUGUACUACUUCUCUGGCGGAUUUAGUGGCGCUAGACACGCUUAACCACGGAUUUCCACCAAUGUUGAUCAUAACAGGUGACCGGGAGUUACUCAGGGAUCAAAUCAUCCGCUUUGCACGCAAAGUCGCAACAGGAAAUCGAGUCCGUUUUGUUAUGAGAAAAUACUCGGUCACUAUAUAUAAUCUCUGUAUGACUUAGAAUCCUACUGUCUCUCGUUCAUAGUAUGGAAAAAUUGAUGACUACCUUUUUCCUUCAAGAUCAAGAUUACAAAAAGCGUAGCCUUCACCUACUCCUCCUCCUCAAGGACCCUCUUCCUCUGCUUUCAUAAUCGAAAUUUUCGAAGACAUGUGUCACGUCUUCCCUGCUCUAUAUGGGAUUCAUCCCUCAUGCACACGCGCCUUCCAUCAUAUUGCGACCUUUCUGCACUCUGAAGAUGAGACUUCAAUGCGAUUGUAGCAUUGUGCCGGAUCUGAAGACAUAUACUUCAUCAUUGGUGGUAAGAAUUUUUAAAUGAUACGUAUACUUCAUCAUUGGUGGUAAGACUUUUUUUGCUCGACAUCUUCUUCUUGAUUUAGACUUCAGAAAAUCCUCCAAAUAUCCUAAUUUGUCUACUUGACCAUAUAAGGACAUCUGUACAUCUAUCUUCGAAGAUGUUGGGUCUCUCAUCUUUCGCGCAAUAUUCAGCCACCAUCUACUACUAACCCCUAGAAAGUCGUGUCAGCUUAGCAUCACUCGCAGGGAAAAGAUGAAAUUUUCUUUGUCACGACAAUUGAAAUCAUGGUGACCUCCACCAUCUUCGCUCGCUCUCACACAAUUUUGCACCGAUGAUGCUUCGAAACAAGGAUCGCUUUUUCCACUCAGCGCCUCUUUUCAUAUCUUGUGACCACGUAAUCAACAUGUUCUUGAU